UCUAGUUUGAUAUCCUGGGCCCUCAUCCUAUGAAGGACCAUGGUCUCCAGAGAAGGGUGUAGAUUUUCGCAUCCUGGCCAAAAGUGUCUCCUGUGGAAAGAUGGAUACUGAAGACCAAUCCCCCUGACCCCGCCUUGCCUUUCCUUCUUCUUUUCCUCCAUCACCUCAUCCUUAGAGCUCAGAGGCAGAGGAAUGAGAGCAGGCUGAGUGCUAAACUCUUGUUUCUCCACCUGCCUGUGUUAUUCGGGAAAUUCUGGGCAAGUGAUGGAAACACUUGAGUCUCAGUGUCCUCAUCUGCAAAAUGGGAUGGAGAGAAGUACCAGCCCCUUUCUUCUAGAGCCGUGAGCAGGAGAACACCUAGAUAAAGGACCUACCACGGCUCCUAGCAUGUUGCGGGGGGCCCAGGACGAUCCAAGUUCCCUCCCCCUGCUACCCUGCUGACCUCCUGCCGGCAGCCUCCCAUCCCGACCUCCUCUGCCCUCACUGAUCUCCACUGGCUCCACUUUGGGUGGUCCUGGAUUCUUGAUGAGGCUGUGGGUCUGCACUUCUGGGAUGUCUGCACACCUGGCCAGAGGCUGGAUUCUCCAGUGCUUACCUAAGUAGUUGCUCCAUAAAGUGCUGUUGAAUGAAUGUGUGGGUGAGUGAAUAAAUGAAUGAACAAGGCUGGGUUUCCUGGAACUGGCAGAGCGCCUGUGGCCGCCUCUAGGCAGGGGAGAGGUCUUUUGGCCCUGAUGGGCCUCCAGAGCCCAAAUCUGGUAGUUCCUCCUGCCCAGCUCUCUCUCUGCUCUUAUCUUAUUUCCUCUUCAACUAUCAAAGGGGGGGUUGCUUCCACUGUUGGCAGCCACACACCCAACCAGCCACCACUGUGGGAGUGAAGGGCUGCAGGAAGAUCUGCAGGAAGGCAAGAGCCCACCAUGUUGGCCAACCUCACGACAAAGCCACUCUGUCCCCUCCUGGAGCAGAUGAGCCGCCUCCAAAGCCACAGCAACUCCAGCAUCCGCUACAUGGACCAUGUGUCGGUGCUGCUGCACGGGCUGGCCUCGCUGCUGGGCCUGGUGGAGAAUGGACUCAUUCUCUUCGUGGUGGGCUGCCGCAUGCGCCAGACCGUGGUCACCACCUGGGUGCUGCACCUGGCCCUGUCUGACCUGCUGGCCACCGCCUCCCUGCCCUUCUUCACCUACUUCCUGGCCGUUGGCCACUCCUGGAAGCUGGGCACCACCUUCUGCAAGCUACACUCCUCCAUCUUCUUCCUCAACAUGUUUGCCAGCGGCUUCCUGCUCAGCGCCAUCAGUCUGGACCGCUGCCUGCAGGUGGUGCGGCCCGUGUGGGCGCAGAACCACCGCACGGUGGCCGCUGCCCACAAGGUCUGCCUGGUGCUCUGGGUCCUGGCCGUGAUCAACACCGUGCCCUACUUCGUGUUCCGGGACACCAUCCCGCGGCUGGACGGGCGCAUCAUGUGCUACUACAACGUGCUGCUCCUGAGCCCCGGGACGGACCGCAACGCCACGUGCGACUCGCGCCAGACGGCCCUGGCCGUCAGCAAGUUCCUGCUGGCCUUCGCCGUGCCGCUGGCCAUCAUCGCCUCGAGCCACUUGGCUGUGAGCGCGCAGCUGCGCCACCGCGGCCGCCGGCGGUCCAGCCGCUUCGUGCGCCUGGUGGCGGCCGUGGUGGCGGCCUUCGCGCUCUGCUGGGGCCCCUACCACGUGUUCAGCGUGAUGGAGGCGCGGGCGCACGCGAACCCGUCGCUGCGGCCGCUCGUGUGGCGCGGGCUGCCCUUCGUCACCAGCCUGGCCUUCAUCAACAGCGUGAUCAACCCGCUGCUCUACGUGUUUACCUGCCCCGACGUGCUGCGCAAGCUGCGGCGCUCGCUGCGGAGCGUGCUGGAGAGCGUGCUGGUCGACGACAGCGACCUGGCCGCCGGGGGCAGUAGCCGCCGCCGGCGCCGCGCCUCCUCCACCAACACCUUGGCCUCCUCCUUCUCCGAGAGCAGCGGCCGCCGCCUGCCUGCGCUCUGGCCCGCGCGCCUGCUCGACUGGCUGCUGGGCGACCGCGCGGCACCGCCGCAGAGGGACCGCGCCCCAUCCCAGGACGAGCGGGGCCCCCUGAACCGGGCGCUGAGCACCACCUCGGGGUAGGAGGCGCGGACCCGAAUCGCCCGGCUGAGAAGCGUUCCAUUCCCCCGGGGAGGCAAGGGCUGGGAACGAUCGCUCCCCCACGUGACUCAGUGAAUUCUUUUCAGAAAAGAAGUGAGUUAAACAUCUGCUCCCCCACGUGACUCAGUGAAUUCUUUUCAGAAAAGAAGUGAGUUAAACAUCUGUUUGCUGCUUCUCAAACAUCAUUGCGCGGGAGUCAUCCAGGGAUUCUGUCUGGUUGAGCUGGCCCGGCCGAGGGCUGGCGCGGAGGGGCAGGGGAGGGGGGUGGGACUGAAAUUCUGUUUCCAACAAGCUCCCAAGAGUAAUGCAAGGCUAAAACCCUAAGACGUCUCAAGCUAGGGUAGUGGAUACACAGGACACAUCUCCCUGGAGCUAUUUUAGCAGGUGAUGGGUGGGGUCGAGUUUUACAUUAAACCAGUCAUGUUGUUUUGGAGCUGAAAGAGAGAGAGGAAAGGUUUGGGAAGCGCUGUUGGGGGCUAACCUUUUCACUAUGGUCGUUUAGUUGUCAUUUACUGACCUAUAUAGGCUUUAUCUCAGUCUGGGGAAGAGGGUCAAGUUCUAUUAGCCCCACUUUUUAUUGAUACCAUGUGCAAGUUGCAGUGCAGGAAGGUUAAAUAACCUGCCCAACAUACAGGGUCUGCAUACUAACCACUGGCAUUUACCUGUUCAAUUACUGUUAGUAUGUGAAAGAGCCCCCCAGCCCCCACCCCAUACUCAAGUUCCUUAAGAUAGUAGCUGCGUGGGAGCCCCUAUCUGUCUGCCCCAGCACUGCCCAAAAUGGCAAAAGCAAGGGGUGCUAUGGUCAAAUGUUUGGGAAACCUGGGCUAGUUAAAGUAUAAUGCGAAUCUGUACUGAGGUCUGUAGUGUUUGAAUGUGCCUGGCAACCUCCGAGACCACAGCCCUUUUUCUGAGCUCACCUGAUAUGCCGGCUUUCAGUUCCGUGGGAUGCUCUCCGGGCAAUGCUGGUAACCUCUAGAUCUGUGUGUCCCUCACCUCCUGACCUCACAGGGGCUGCAGCUCUGACCCUCAGCUGGCAGGUGUGAGGGAUAACUUACUACAGCACCUCCACUAUCCUGUCUGUUUAGCUCAGCAUCCCAGGCCUGGUGCAAUACACAUCUGGCUGAUGGAACACCCAUGGAAGAGCCGGGUGAGAAACUUCUGGGACAUGGUUCAGGGCUCCCUGUGCCACCACCUGCAGCUGGGCUCCCAGUGUUUACUCACUUAUUCCCAUGCUAGGCAAACAGAGCAGUUGAUGGACAGCUGACUGAACAGACAUCCCAUCCUGAUGCCUCACCCACGUUCCCUCCUCCCUGCUCCCUUGCUUCUCUCAGCACUUGGCGCCAUCUGACACACAAU